AUGGCGCAGUUCGCAGACCAGGACUUCUUCGGCGGGGCGAUUCGCGGCGUGGUGCCGCAGGGCUGGAUCGAUGGCAGCACCCUCCGCGAAGUCCCCGACCACCAAGAACUCUUCCUCUCACCAACCACGCUCUCCACCCUAAUCAUCGAGAUCAACCAGCGCGUCCCGCGCGACGAGGCCCUGAGCACCCUCACCAUGCUAGACCACCAGCAACCACCACUACACGGCUCCAGCACAUCCAACACGGCCUCCACCGAGACAAUCGACCAAGCCGCUGCGCUGUAUCAUCUCCACGACGUAUGUGAAGAGGGCGACACGAUGCAGGUCGUCACCCCGCCGCAGCGGGUACAUCUCUCUCGUCUGUUACCUUCUUCUUCUCCGUCCUCUUCAUUCCCCGCCUACAGAGGCGUGGUCUCAUUCACGACACCCUCGCGCCAACGACCCGGCGGCCGCGUCCCGAGCUCUGUGGACGGCGUCGCGGCAUCCACCUCUAUUGCGCCGUCGGCUGCGGUGAGCGGCGCGUCUCUCAGUGGCGAGAUGGAGGGUGUGCCGCAGACGUCAAGGCUGACCUGCCACUAUCUGGUUGUGCGGCUGGAGCCGCAGGCUACGGAUCUGGUCGUUUUCUUGAAUGUGCCGCAUGAGGAGUUUGAUCAGAGUGGUGAUCCUAGGGGAUUGUCGAAGGAGGAGGUUGUUGCUGAGGAGUUGAUUGAGACGCUGGUGCAGAAGCUGGAGGUUUGUGAUUGGGGGCUUUUCGUUUAG